GUCAAAGCUUUAGAAGCUGUAUUGGGACAGCUAAGAAAGUUUUUGCUUGAUCACAUUGCCGUUCCUAUUUUUGAGAAAACUUAAGAGUUAGAACUUAAAUUUCUUUGCUUAAAUAUUUGAAUGUGCUUGAGAUUAAUACGUCUUUCUUUGUCCAGUACGUUGCUCAAAUAUCCCAGGAGCGUACAGCUCCAGCAGAUACCUGGGUUGAUAGAACUCAGCCAUCUCUCCAUUCAACUCCUGCUCAACAGGCUGGGAUUAAUUGUUUCUGAUUAUUCCUUUUCAUUGAAGUGGGAUCCUUUAUUCAAACGUGAAACUCAUAUCUUGAACCUAAAAUCACACAAUCAGGACUGUCACUUUUUGGAGAUCGUGGACUUGGAGUUGUGCGUUCAACAGGACUUAGUCGAUCCGUGCUGCUGCUCCUAUAGUUACUCAGUUGUAACAAUUUCUUCUUUCUUUGGCAGUAGUUCAUUACCAAUCACAAGGAACCAGCCCCAAGCAUAUAUGACAAGAUUGAGACAGGGUACUCGCAGUUGCCAGAGCCCAACUAUCAUUCAUCUUAUUCUUCUCACUUAGGAAGUGCAAAUGGAUCCUCCGAUGUUGGGAGGUAUGGGUCCUCCAGCUUGGGUGGAUAUAGCAGUUAUCGGUAUUGAGCUGUUACCACGGAUUGCCUUGCAUGAUUAAUUCGUUUCUAUGAAUGGAUGACUAUUAGGACAGCUGAGAGAUUUUGUAGUGUAUUUGUCAUUUUAUAACAUAAGAAAGAAGAGAUGCUUGAUGCUACUUGAUCUUCUAGUAUUGUUCUUCUUGCCCUUCUGUUGUCUCUUAUGUUCAUAAUGCUUAUUAAGUUAGUACACAAGAACAGUAACUUCCUGACGAACUUGAUUGAAAUUUGGUACUACCGGUGAUGUUAUUUAUAAGCAGAUUCUUGAGGGGAGAGGGAGUCUUUUAUAUGCCGGUGACAGCUAGUCAGGUUUAGUGAGCUGUUGACGGAUAACGGUUGAGUCUUGGUUUCGUUAGUAUAGUAAUGAUACUCAACUGUAGUUGACCAGUACUCUCUCCGUCUUAAAAAUUUUGUUUAAAUAAAUUAAUACCACUUCG